UUCCGUACCCGACAACUUAAGUGAGUGAAUGCCAGCCAUCCAUUGUAGAUCAAUGGUUAAAAAGGCGGAGGAAGUUAGAACUUCAUGCAGGUAGAGCAUGGAAAGCUUUCGCGGGAGCAUGCUCUUUGCUCAUAGAUACUCGUACCGUACGUAGGAUCAGGUCGUCAGUAAGUGUGUCGUCAUCACCGUGGAUUUGUCAACACCAGUCUUUCUUCUACCUUGGGUUAGGGUUAGGGUUAGGGUUUGGAUGGAACUGCACCAGGCAUGGAGACUUAGCCUCAGGGCAGAUCUGUUUCCAGUAGUGCGGGUAGGCGGAUCUAAAGAGGGCGAGCUUGAGCUUAUAUUCAACGCAUCGAUUUCAUGACCACCAAAAGUUCUUAGAUAUGUUUUGCAGAAGAAAUAGGAAGAGAUGGCUGCACAUAGGAUUGCUCAUGUUGCGUACACUGGACCAAGUAUUAUUAAGGAGAUCUUCUAUGGCAUGACGCUGGGCCUGUUGGCUGGGGGCGUUUGGAAGACUCACCACUGGAACGAGCAGAGGAAAACCAAGGCUUUCUAUGACUUACUUGAGAAGGGUGAGAUCAGUGUCGUUGCAGAAGAGUAGCCUCUCUCUCUCUCUCUCACAAAAUUCUUCCCUUCCAUUAUUUUUCUACUCUCAAUUGCUUCCAAUUUUUAUCCAAGGAAUUGGGUGUUUGAGUAUAUGGGUCAGGUACAAUAAAAUAACUGCCAAAACCCGUAUGCUCUUAUUUAUUCGGAUUGUAACGAUGUGUUAGCCUUAGAGUAAGGGCUGAGCCAAUCUUGGCAAAUAAACAGAGGCUUUCCUUUUUAGCAUCAAGCUUUCACUUUCUAUGGAAGAUACGUGGUUGUUUGGUACC